AUGACUGAGUCAAACCCUUCGUCCAACACCCUGGAAGAAUUUCUCAAAUUGGGUAUGGCGGACUAUGAGAGUGACACCGCCGCGUCGAUUAUCUACGACCAUCCUCCAGCUACGCCACCGGUGUGUGGCACCGCGCGCAUCGCGCCUAAGUUAUUCGUGGUACGCAAGGAGGUAUCCUCACCCCUUGCACAGCGUGCAGCCGUCGACCCUGCGUUGGGUGCGUUGCACAACACACUUGGUGAAGAUCAAGCGCAAUACCCCAGUCGGUCGAUGCCUAUAGGCGUCAAGCACAAUGUGUAUCCACAGCGCGUGCUCACAGUGGUUCCUGCUUCAUACAACCGAUUGUGGAUGAACGCGUUCGCCAUACUGCCGGGCAGUCAGUCGCAACAUGGUACACGGGACCCAAGGCUGUCAUAG